UUUGACUUUUUCUAAUAAAAGAUGAUGGAGCAGGAGCUGUGUUCCAAGAGCACAGCAGCUUGGGGCAGUGCCCCCUGUAUGGCAGGGUGCCUCUGAGAUGGGUGCAGGGACUGGCAUUGGCCUCUUUCCGUCUGUCAUUCUCCCUAAAGAUAAGGUUAACGACCACAUGCACUUAAGAGUGUAUGAUAAGCGAGCAUUUGAAACAAAGACAAGCAGUAGAUGCACUAGGAACGGCAGGCAUUCUUGCUGGGGACCAGGAUUUGGUAGAGGAAGGCUGUGCCGGGGACGGAGUCGCUGCGCGCUGUCGGAGAAGGGACGGUGUGUGAGAGCAAGAGGCCAGGGAAGUCCGCUGAGGCAGGGAGUUUCCCAGCAGCCGGAACAGCCCAGUGAGUCUGACCAAUGGCCCAGACUGUUGAACACUCACGCUUGGGUUUAAGACCUCGAAGUUUGUUCUCAGCAGCGCUGUAGGGGCGGGGCCUGGGAUCUCUGCUAACCGCCGCCCUCCUUUCUCUCCUAAAGGUGAGCGCUGUGGGGCUGCCGGGAUCGGGAUCGCAGGAGCGCCGGCCCAGCCAGAGGAAGCGCCAUGUGUCAGGACGAAUGCUGACUGAGGCUCGCUGCCCGGGUCCGCGCUGCCAGAGGAAGGAAAAACAAGAAGCCCUCGGGCUGAGUGAGUGAAUGACUGGCGCAGCCAACUGCCUCCUCUGAGGGCUGAGCCUCCGUGCUCUUUCCUGCUCCUCCGCUUUCUUCUUUGAUUAACCCCGUGGAGUCCUGACUCUUCUUCCGCCUUGAACAUCAAUAUGUGUCAUGUCAUUGUCACCUGUCGCUCGAUGCUCUGGACCCUCCUGAGUAUUGUGGUGGCUUUUGCAGAACUCAUUGCCUUCAUGAGUGCAGACUGGCUCAUUGGGAAAGCCAAGACUCGCAGCUAUGCGGAGCCGGACAACCAGACUGGAGGCCCUUCGGAGCCCUACCACCCCACCUUGGGCAUCUACGCCCGCUGCAUCCGCAACCCUGGGAUGCAGCCCAUCCAGCGGGAGACGCUGUGUGGGCCCUAUGCUGAGAACUUCAGCGAGAUUGCCAGUGGCUUCUGGCAGGCCACUGCUAUUUUCUUAGCCGUGGGAAUCUUCAUUCUCUGCGUGGUGGCCUUGGUGUCCGUCUUCACCAUGUGCGUGCAGAGCAUCAUGAAGAAAAGUAUCUUCAAUGUCUGCGGGCUCUUGCAAGGGAUUGCAGAUAAGGUUGAGUCCCUCCCCUCCCAGGGUCAGCAUAUGCAGGCAUCAUCUAAUCCUCUUGGUACAAUCAGCUGGGAGACUGUUAGCAAGAGAGAAAAUACGAGGAUGAAGGUAUCCUUUAAGAUUGUUAAAAUAGUACCUUCUUGGGCUAGUGUCUUAUUAGACCAAGCCAUGUAAGAGAUCACUAGCCUCCAAUUACUUAUGGUUUCUUUCCAUGGUGGCUGUUUUCUUUGGUUGAUGGCCAGUUAUCGUUCUCCCUGCUUUUCCUUCGCCUCCCAGCUGGGCCUGCUGCAGCUCAUCCAGGCACCAGGGAGACACGCCAGUAAAAGUAAAUGUCUAGUCCCUCACCUUCUCUGUCACCCUCUACCACACACACAGACACAUAUCCCAAUGGUAUAAUAAGGCAAGGCAGUGGGAAGGCCCUAGAGGCCACUAGAGGCUGGCUUAACUUCAGGAACUGCUUGUUUUAAUAGCUGCAGAGGGAGAUCUGACCAGUUUUGGCUCAGCUCUUAUGUGAAACUCAAUCCAGAGCACACUCCACCUUCCAUUUGGCCUCUGGACAUAACCCACAACCAAGUUGAUAGUCUCUGGGGGUACACUCCAAAUUGAGGACCAGGAAAAUCAUGCCAGGCUUGCAAGAAACUUGCUUAUGUCUUACUGUAUUCUUUCCCUGUUGUCUCAAAUGCCAAUUUAAGAAGUCAUUGAUUUUAAUUCUAUUUUGUGAGCUGGUGUCAUCAAGCCCAUCUGCAAGUCAGGGCACAAGUUUCCUUCUAUACCCAGGGACUCACAGGUCCAGAACAAGACAGUGUAGCAGGUAAGCCCAACCAGCUAAGGGGUCUCUAUUUUCUUUCCUGCUGACACAUUUCAUUCUUAUUGAUUGGUAUUUGUUGAGAAGUUAUUCUGCCAUUUUACCCCAGGGGCAUUAUGGUUUAGAAAUAUUACAAAACAAAUUGUAUUAAAUUCAAUAAAAUUUUAUUAAGGCCCUACUAUGAGCCAUGCACUAUGAUGGGCACUGACUUUACAGUAGUAAACCAAAUAUACAAAAAUCCCUGCCCUCAUAGAGCUUCAGAUCUAGGAUAGAGACAUACAGUAAUCAAAACUAAUUAAGUAAAAUACGAGGUUUAACCAUGUGAAAUGGCCACUUUUGUAGGUAAAAAUAUUGUCAAGCAUUGACUGUUUCAUAUGACUCAAAGUAACAUAUACUAAAUUAUUAAUAAGUGCUAAGGAGAAAUAAUAAAGCAAGGAGGGCAGGAAGUAGUAAGGGAGAGGUGAAUGGUUGAAAUUUUACAUAGAGCAGCACAGAAGACCACACCAAGAAAGUGGCAUUUAACUAAAGAUGACCUGAAAGCUACUGGGAAAAAGAGCAUUCCAGGUGUAAGGAAUAGCAAGUGCAAAGACCUGGGCAUGCCUGGUGUGUUCAAGGAAGCGCCAGCCAGCCAGUGUGGCUGGAGCAGAAAGCCAGGUUGAGAAAGGUAGGUGAGUUCAGAGGGGUAAUAGGGAGCCAGAUCACACAGGGCCUUCAAAGUCAGGGAGAGAAAUUUGGAAUUUACCUGAGUUGGGAAAGUUUUGUGGGCUUUUUCUCAGUAAAUUUGUUAGGAACCCAAAAAAAUCAGCUGGGAUGACGUUGGAGAUGAAUGCAUGCUUGUUAGGGUGCCAGUGGCUCCUGGCCCCAGAAACAGUGGACAGGAAGGAGCGCUGGGGCCAGCUUGGGCUCAGAUUAAUGGCUUGCAUUUUCAUGGCAUUGUGACAACUUUGAUGAGUGCUGGGAAGAAAGGUUCACUCUGACCCAUCAGCUGCCCGGGGCAGGGGGGACAGUGGCAACUUCCUCCCACUGACCCGCUGAGAAUUUGGAUAAGGCACUCUUGUGUUUGUGUAGGCUGGCUGCCAAGGUUAGGAGUGUGUGGUUUCAGCACACAUCACAUCCACUGGGCCCUGCAGACAUACCACAGCUCACUUUUUAUUACCCUCCCACAUGACUUUACUGUGGCCUUAACAGUCAAGCUGAGGCUUUCAACAAACUCAUAACCAACGGUACCGUUACAUGAUAAGCAAAGUCUCUCUGCCAUCCUGAUUCACAGACUGGGCCAGUAGCAGUCACAAGAUUUUAAAAUGGCCUGAGGUGCUUCAGGAAUCACAUCUGAGCUAUUAGAAAAGGGAACACCUAAGAGAGCUCAGAAGUACUGAGGUGAAUGUUCCCGGCUGGGCUCCACAUGCUGUGAAAGGGGUCUGAUGCUAUUAAAAUAAGGAUUCUAUUUCUCAAUUAUUUUAAACCUGCCUACCUCCAAAAGGCAUCUGAGAUAGCCAAAUUAAGGCAUCUUGUGGGUUCUGCAACCAGCUAGAGUCUGGCCUGGGGUGGUAGAGCUGCUGGUGAUAAUGAACUUCAAGCUUUCUGUCUUCUGUCCCUAACGGAUUAAAGUGCAUCUCAUUUUACUUACUGGGAUUGUUUUAAGCCACAUUAAUACAAAGUGUGCAAUUAAUAUUUAAUUGGAGCCACAAUUCAAAUACGAACACUCUGGUCUUUUCAAAUGCUCCUUACUUACGGUCUGCCCUUGAAGCUUCAGAGCAGAAGCGGCAUGCAAGAGAGUACCUUUGAAUCCUGAGCAAGUCAAGUUUUAGAGAAGGCCCAGUGCAGAAACUUAGGACCUUGAGGGAAACUACCAAGCAUCACCUAGUAUACCCAAACAUGGGCCAGUCCCUCAAAUCCAGUCCUGUACCCAAAGAUGGGUGAGGCUUCUUAGGGAACAAGGUGGGGAUGCAGUCAGGAUUAAUCAGAGCUUAUCCUAGGCCUUAGAAAUGCUAAAAAUAAUUGGUUAUACCAUUUUAGGUCUCCCCAGCUUAGUAAACUUCUAUUCAGAUGGAGAAUAGUUUCUUUCAAAGGUCCUUAAUUGUUGCCUGGUGUCCUUCUCUCUCCCCAAAUGAAUACACUGUUCAAAAUAUAUUACACCUUUCAAAAAGAAGCUAAUCUGCCUGUUCAUAAGUGGUAAACUUUAAACUGCUGGUGUUUAUUAUGGGAGGGGCUUGCCAAAGGCUUUAACUUAUUGUCAGGCUGCUAGUCUGUGUUCUCGUUGUUUUGGGCACAGAAGGCACUCUUCACAGACUUUAAUACUCACAAUCAUCUCAUGAGGUAAAGAUUAGCCCUAUUUUACAGGUGAUGAAUCAGACUUAGAUUCAGAAACUUUUUUAAAGUCACCCAGCUCCUACAUAGCUGAGUCUGGAUUCAAACCUGUAUUUACUCCAAAACCAGAGCUCUAGACUACUAACUGAACUACCUCUUUCUUUAGUGAGUCUUUGCCAUGGCCCAUCAUUUUGCUAGCUUGUGUUCUAGCAUCAUGCUGGACUGUAGGGGCAUUUCUGCUAUAUGAUUUCUGCCCUUUGACUUGACUCCACAGACCCAACCAGGAUUCAGGACCUUCCAUAUUCCAGGAUUCCAAUCAUACAUUCUCCACUGGCUGCCUUUAUCCUUGGGGGAACUGGCUCCAGUCUCCCAGUCAUUAUUUCUAACACCAUCCAUCCACAGUGCCUCAGUCUGCUGCUCCUGUCCAGCUUACACUUCCCAAUAAUACUGGGCCACAUUUCCCGAGCUACACAUCACUGCCUUGCCUGCUCCCAGCACUCAGACCUAGUGAGAAAGAGGGCUGCUGGGGUUAGAAAGACUACUUUUGUGAAUCACCCUGCUCAGACAGUGAGAUAUGAAUCAUAUGAAUGAAUUCCCUCUACUGCACCCCUGCUAUAAAACCUCCUGAGGCCAUCAUCUGAAUAGAGUAGUGGGAUUAAUUUAGGAAGGAGGGGCAACCAGACCCCAAAACUGCUCUAAUAGUGAGCUGACAUUGCAAGAUGGAGACAGCUAUGAAAGUUAGGGCCAGAGGUCAUUCAGCUCUGAAGAAGCAUGGCUUGAAACACUUCCUUUACACCUCAUGCUACCACAAUUUAGUCAUGUUCUCUUCGUAGAAAGUUGCUGUACUUGAAAUCUUUGGUUUGGUAAGCCCAGAGAGUUUCAGUUCAGGUAGGAAGAGAAACAGAACUUAGAGCCAAGAGUCAUCCGUAAGGAGAGAACUACUAUCCAUACACCUUUCAAAAUAUACCUAGGUGUAUUUGAUCAGGUAUCUAAAAACAGAAUUUGUGGUUAUGGUUUAACAAUCUUGAUUUUAUAGGUGUCAUUUUUCAGAGAAAAGUUUUUUUCUGCUGUAUAGAAUAAGGCCAUCCUCCUUUUGCAGAAUCUUGAAGGUGAAAUAACGGUCUUUAAAGAAGACUUUCUACCAAGGCUUUUCUGAGUAAGAUAAGAAUCUUCUGCUGUGUGAAUGGUAGCCAGGGUCAGGCAAGUGAGGCAUCUCAACCUCAUGCAAGUGCAGGGUGGGCACCUAACAGGGAGGACCUUCUUAAGUUUUGCCCCUUGGGCACCUCACUUGCCUCACCCUCGUCCUAGCCCUGGUGGUAGCUCCUAACCCAGCAGGGCUGGCAGGAAAAAUAACUCCCAACUGCUGCAUUCCAGGUACACAAUCAGCACUAAAGCUGUGAGGAAUACAAAAAUGGAUGUUUAGUAUGACACGAUAGUAGGGUCAGAUGAAUAGAAACAGAGCUUAUUACUAUCUAUUCAAGGAUGCGUUCACUUAAAAGCAUCCAGACCAAAAAAAAAACCACAUAUGAAACUUGCAAUUUUUCCUUAUUAUAUAUGUAAAUACGGAAACUCUGUCCCAGACAUGCAGUUGGUGAAUGCCAUAAAACAGACUCCUCCUGGACUUACUUAAGAUGCUGAAAAUUUAAAGCACUGACAAGGUUAGGGUCUGGGCUCCUUCACUGCCCGUCUCUUGCAUUUAACCAGGUCUACAUCAGAUGGUUCUGUAUGUAUUCCCUGAUAUCAGGGGUUGGCAAACUUUUUCUGCAAAAUACCAGAUAGUAAAUAUUGUAGGUUUUGCAGGCCAUAUGGUCUAUAGCAACUACUCAGCUCUGAUGUUCUAGCACAAAAGCAGUGUGAUAGGCAGUCCAUAAACAAAUGGCUGUGUUCCAAUAAAACGUGAUUUACAAAUAAAACGUGAUUUACAAAAACAGGCCACAAGUCAGAUUUGGCCUAAGGACCUGAGUUUGCUGACCUCUACCUUAGACCAAAAUGGAAAUGAUCACUGAAAUAAGGGUCCCAUAGGAAGAAAUGACAAGACGUUACAUUUGCUCUCUAGAAGAAAAAUUAUUGGUGGAUUUAUAUCCCAACAGCUACAAAAGUGGCUGAAAAUAUUUUUAAUAAAGUGAUGAUAUUUCUUGAUCAGGUCAGAUUAGUUGCUUAAAACAGAGCCUAACACUUUCUAUUUGCAGACUACAUUCUAUAUGCCAUUGUCUAAAGCAGCAAAUCAAGUAACAAUGACUACAGUUUUCACCUAAUUUAGUGGUUGUUUUCUCUCUUUCCCUGCAGGUCUGUUCCUCAUCCUGGGUUUGAUACUUUACCCUGCUGGCUGGGGGUGCCAGAAGGCCAUAGGCUACUGUGGACAUUACGCAUCUGCCUACAAACCUGGAGACUGCUCCUUGGGCUGGGCCUUUUAUACUGCCAU